UAAAAUAUCUUCUAGUGUUAGAUCUAUUUUUCCCUUUUUGGCAAGUAAAGACUCCAAAUUAAGAGGAAAGAAACCAAAGCAAAGUGGAAUCAAAAUCACCGGUAAAUGGAUCAAACAGCAGAGGAGAAGAAGGUGAGAGAGAGAAUCAGAAAGACAGUAAACGAAGUCAGUUCCGUGUCGCAAUCUCUCCUCUCUCCCGUACAAGACCACAUCAUUUUCACCCUUCAGAAAGCCUUCUUCAAAUGCGCAUACGAGUGCUUUGAUAGGACAAGAACACACGCUGAGAUUAGCCAAUGCGCCGAGAGUUGCAGUGUUCCAAUCACAAAUGCGCAGAACCACUUUAAUAAUGAAAUGUCUGUGUUCCAAGAGAGAUUGAAUAGAUCUUUGGUGGUUUGUCAAGACAAGUUUGAAGCUGCUAAGCUCCAAAAGACGAGAAAUGAAGCGGUAACUGACUUGGAGCAAUGCGUGAACCAAACUGUUGAUGUUGCUGUUAAGACUCUUCCUAAUCUUGUCUCAAGAAUGAAGAAAGCUUUGUCAAUCACAGAACAUGAUAGCGACUCCUGAUUGUUUUAUUUAAUCUUUUAUUGAUCUCUUCAAGCUCAAUACAUCAUAAACUAACUGAGAAAUGGAAUUAUUGG